AUGUUCUCAUUGGCGGAUUCUAACAGCUCAAAACAAGGCAGCAAACGCGAUCCUGCGGCGGUGCCCGCAGCAUGGGCGCAGCUGCAGCAGCUCCCCCCGUCCGACCGCCUGCACACGGCGGUGCUUCCCAAAAGCGGAAGCCUGCAGGGCGCGGGCGCGGCUACGGACGGCGGAAAGAAGGGGGCGGCGGCGGAGCUGGCGCAAGUGGAUCUGCGCGCGCUGAGCCACGCGCAGCGGGAGCGGCUGGUGGAGCGCGCGCUGGAGACGCUGGAUCAGGACAACGAGGCGUUCCUCACGAAGCUUAAAUCCCGCCUCGACCGCGUGGGGUUGAGCGUGCCGUCGGUGGAGGUGCGCUUCGAGGACGUGAACGUCGAGGCGGGCGUCUACGUCGGCACGCGCGCGCUGCCCACGCUCCUCAACUUCACGCGCAACUCGAUCGCCGCCGCGCUGCACUCACUGGGCGUGGAGCUGGAUGCGCGCCGCCCGUAUCCGAUCCUGCACGGGUGCUCGGGCGUGCUGCGGCCGGGCCGCAUGACGCUGCUGCUGGGGCCGCCAGGCGCUGGAAAGUCAACGCUCUUGCAGGCGCUCGCGGGCUGCCUUGACAAGUCGCUCAAGGUAUCGGGCAGCGUGACCUAUAACGGGCAUGCUCUUAACGAGUUUGUACCAGGGCGCACAGCAGUGUACGUGCCGCAGAACGACGAGCACAUCGGCGAGAUGACCGUCCGGGAGACCCUCGACUUCUCCGCGCGCCUGCAGGGUCCUGGCCUUCGGAAAGACCUAGUGGCGGAGCUGGAGAGGCGAGAGGCGGAGCAGGGCAUCAUGCCGGACCCAACCAUGGACGCCAUCAUGAAGGUAUGGCGCUGUGUGUUGGGUGGCAGGUAUCAGAUUCAGACGGGGUGGUUUGGCCCUUCCCUCUCCAUCUCCAUCUGUCCACACUGCCGUGCUCCCUUGCUACUGACUUUCCGUGCUACCUAUUCCCUCACCGCCCCCCACCACGUCGCUCCUCUCUCCCCCCUGCAGGCCAUGGCACUGGAGGGCAAUCCCACCAACGUCAUCACGGAUUAUGUGCUCAAGAUCCUUGGUCUGGACAUCUGUGCGGACACAGUGGUGGGAAACAACAUGCUGCGCGGCAUCUCAGGCGGGCAGAAGAAGCGGGUGACCACAGGGAUCUCCCUGGUGGGCGGCAAGCAGGUGCUGCUGAUGGACGAGAUCAGCACGGGGCUGGACUCCUCCACCACCUUCCUCAUCACGCGCUGCCUGCGCCACCUCACGCACCUCCACGCCGCCACCAUGCUCGUCGCCCUCCUGCAGCCCGCCCCCGAGACCUACGAGCUCUUUGACGACGUGCUGCUGCUCUCGGAGGGCCACGUCGUGUUCCACGGGCCCAGGGAGCACGUGCUGCCAUUCUUUAGCCGCCUCGGGUUUGAGUGCCCAGCCAGGAAAGGCGAGGCGGAUUUCCUGCAGGAGGUGACGUCGAUGAAGGACCAGGGGCAGUACUGGAAGGGGGGAGCGGCUGGUGCGGGUGGUGAUGCGGGCGGGAAAGGCCAGCCAUACCACUAUGUGCCGGUGACGGCAUUUGAGGCGGCGUUCAAGGAGACGCAGAUUGGCAAGGCCACUGCUGCCCACCUCUCGCGCUACGCCCUGCCCACCUCGGAGAUGUUCCGCGCAGUCUUCGCCCGCGAGUAUCUGCUCAUGCAGCGCAACUUCAUUCUCUACGCAGCGCAGACCAUCCAGAUCAUCCUCGUGGCCCUUGUCACCAUGACCGUCUUCUUCCGCACCACGCUCACCGUCUCCCUGCAAGACGGCAACUACUACCUCGGCGCCACGUUCUUCGGUGUGGUCAUGAUGCUCUUCAACGGAUUCACAGAGCUCCCGCUGGUCAACUUUCGCCUGCCCGUCUUCUACCGCCAGAGGGACGCGUUUCUGUACCCCGCGUGGGCGUGGGCGGUGCCUCUAGAGCUGCUCUCCAUGCCCUUCUCUGCGUGGGCGUCCAUUAUUUGGACCACCUUUACGUACUAUGGCAUUGGCUUCGCACCCGAACCGGGCAGGUUCUUCAUGCAGAUGUUUCUUUACUUCCUCAUUCACCAGGUCUCCAUCUCGCUUUUCCGCCUGAUUGGAGCUCUGGGCCGCAACAUGGUGGUGUCCGCCACCUUUGGCUCAUUCGCUGAUAUACUGCUUGUCUUGAUGGGCGGGUUCGUCAUCGCUAAAGCCGACAUCAGCAACGUGUGGAUCAGGGCAUACUGGUUCGCGCCUCUCAUGUACGGCCUGCAAGGACCCCUCAUCCCACUCUCCUGGCCCUCCCUCCAUUUCUGCUCUUUCCUCGCCCUCCCGAUCAACCCCCUCCCGAUCAACCCCCUCCCGAUCAACCCCCUCCCGAUCAACCUCCUCCCGAUCAACCCCCUCCCGAUCAACCCCCUCCCGAUCAACCUCCUCCCGAUCAACCCCCUCCCGAUCAACCCCCUCCCGAUCAACCCCCUCCCGAUCAACCCCCUCCCGAUCAACCCCCUCCCGAUCAACCCCCUCCCGAUCAACCCCCUCCCGAUCAACCCCCUCCCGAUCAACCCCCUCCCGAUCAACCCCCUCCCGAUCAACCCCCUCCCGAUCAACCCCCUCCCGAUCAACCCCCUCCCGAUCAACCCCCUCCCGAUCAACCCCCUCCCGAUCCUUUCUCCCCUCACAGCCGACAUCAGCAACGUGUGGAUCUGGGCGUCUUGGAUUUCGCCCCUCAUGUACGCGCAGAACGCCCUCGCUGUCAACGAGUUCCUCGCCCCCCGCUGGAACGUCCCUGAUAGGUUCUCUACUCAGCUCAAUAGUCAAGUUCUUGCUCGCAAAUGUUGGCAUGCACUGGUGUGCGUUUUCAACCGCCCCUCUCCCAACUCCCGGUCUCCCUGUCACCCCAUCUUCCCAUCUCCGCAUCUCCUCAAUUCCCCGUCACCCUGUCUCCCCAUCUCCCCGUCUACCAUGUACCCACCUCCACAUCUCACCGUCUGCGCAUCACCCCUCAUCUCCUCUCUCCCCUUCCUGUCUGUAUCUCUGCAGUCCGCAGCUCCCCUCUUCCCCCCCACGGCCACCAUGGGGCAGGUGUUUCUGGAGAGCCGUUCGAUGCCAACGGAUGGCAAGUGGGUCGGCAUUGGCGUGGCAGCGCUCAUCGGCUACAUCCUGCUCUUCAACCUUCUCACUGUUGUCGCGCUCGCUUACCUUGAUCCAUGGGACCGGCCACAGCCGGUGGUGUCGGAGGAGCAGCUAGAGUCGAAGCACACCGCUCGUACAGGCGAGGUGGUGGUGGCAACGGGCGGCAACAGAAAGCGGUCCACACGGCAGGACGCGGGCAGUGCUCUCGACCGCUACUGCACCAGCCACACAGGGAUCCGAGACGUGGAGUGGCAGGGCGAGUCAGCGGAGGGAAAGCACGGCAUGGUGCUGCCCUUCGAGCCGCACUCGCUGUCCUUCCACAACGUCAACUACUUCGUCGACAUGCCCGCCGAAAUGCGCGCCGAGGGCGCCCCCCCCGACGCGCGCCUGCAGCUGCUGCGCAACGUGUCGGGCGCCUUCCGCCCCAAAGUGCUCACAGCGCUGGUGGGCGUGUCGGGCGCGGGCAAGACGACGCUCAUGGACGUGCUGGCAGGCAGGAAGACCGGCGGGUACAUCGAGGGGGACGUGCGCGUGUCGGGGUUCCCCAAGGUGCACGAGACGUUUGCACGCGUGGCAGGAGAGGAGUUUGUGGAGGAGGUGAUGGAGCUCGUGGAGCUGGAUGGGCUCAGGGACGCCAUGGUGGGGCUGCCGGGGGUGAAUGGGCUCUCCACGGAGCAGAGGAAGCGCCUCACCAUCGCCGUCGAGCUCGUCGCCAACCCUUCGAUCAUCUUUCUGGAUGAGCCCACCAGCGGGCUGGACGCGCGGGCGGCGGCCAUUGUGAUGCGCACCGUGCGCAACACCGUCGACACGGGGCGCACCGUCGUGUGCACCAUCCACCAGCCGAGCAUCGACAUCUUUGAGGCCUUUGAUGAGCUGCUGCUCAUGAAGCGGGGCGGGGAGGUGAUCUACAUGGGCCCGCUAGGCACGGACUCAAAGAUAAUGAUCGACUACUUCCAGGCCAUCCCAGGCGUGCCGCCCAUCCCCGCCGGCUACAACCCCGCCACGUGGAUGCUCGACAUCUCCACGCCCGCCAUGGCCGACAAACUCAACGUUGACUUCGCCAAAAUCUUCCGCAAAUCAGAGCAAUUCCACCGCAAUGAAGAGUUGAUAGAGUCGCUCAAGACGCCCCCACCGGGCCAGCAGGACCUCGCCUUCGCCACUCAGUACACCAAGAGCUACGCCUCGCAAUUCACCGCUAAUCUGUGGAAGCGCGCGUACAUGUACUGGCGUGCGCCCGACUACAACGCGAUGCGAUACUUUUCCAGUGUUGUCAUGGCGCUGCUGAUCGGCGGGGUGUACUUUGGGCAGGGGCAGCAGCGCAGCACGCAGCAGCAGCUGCUGAACCUGAUGGGCGCCAUGUACACGGCGGCCAUCUUCAUGGGGUGGAACAACUCCGCCUCCAUCCAGCCCAUUGUGGCCGUCGAGCGCACCGUCUUUUACCGCGAGCGCGCUGCAGGGUUAUAUGGCGCCAUCCCGUACGCCCUGGCGCAGGGGGCGAUUGAGGUGCCAUACGUGUUGGUGCAGACGGUCAUCUACUCGCUCAUCACGUACGCCAUGAUCCAGUUUGAGUGGACGGCCGGCAAGUUCUGGUGGUACACGCUCUUCAUGUUCCUCACGCUCUUCUACUUCACAUGCUACGGCCUCAUGGCCAUCGCCAUCUCGCCCAACGACCACAUCUCCAGCGUCUUCUCUAGCUUCUGCGUCUCCUCUUGGAACCUUCUUUGCGGCUUCCUCAUUGCCCGGCCUCACAUCCCGGUGUGGUGGCGGUGGGCGUACUGGAUCGACCCCAUCUCAUGGACGCUCUACGGCCUCAAUGUCUCACAGCUGGGCGAUGUGACGACGACGCUGCAGGUGCCGGGGGUCUCACCGGACCCAACGGUGCAGGUGUAUCUGGAGGAGGUGUUUGGCUACCAGCACUCGUGGCUCGGCUAUGUCGUGCUUGUCAACAUCGGAUUCGUCAUCCUCUUUUUUACCGUCUUCGCCUUCUCAAUCAAGAAGCUUAACUUCCAAAGCCGCUGA